CUAUCGUCUCCACCCCGGCGUUUAUAUCCGAACAUUCCUUCUGCAGGUCCUGAAGAUCGAUCUAGCCAAUUAAAUCGAUUAGCCCUCUCUUCCGAAUCGCUGAGAAGGGCUAUCGGCUGCUCAUUUGGCUUGAGGAGGGGUUGGAUCGUAGCAUGUCUUUAGCAGCCGAACUAUGGACGAAUGCUGGCCAUCCCAAAGAAUGGUGACCAGCACAGGAGGCUCUUCAGCUCAAAACUUAUGUAUAUACCAUGAUGCCACGACUUGGUCUGAUAGAGUUUAAGACCGGAUAUGCUAUGCGAAAAGUACUGCCACGAAUAUCAACACUAGAACGGGCAAAAUGAUCAAUUGGUCCAACAUCUUACCCACACUAACAGCGUUUAUCGCCUUUAUCCUGGGCAUCCUAUGCCUCUUUGCCGGGACCAAGACCAGCCUGUUAUUAGAUUCGGAUGUGUUCACGGUUUGUUUAGCCCUCGUUACACCCAUGGAAUAAAAGGCAUGGGCCUGGACUGACAACGAUCAAAGAUUUAUACCACGAAUAUAGGCAAUGGCACGGGGAUGCGAGACUUUUAUUCGAUAUAUGUCAUGUCCUACUGCGAGGGGUUUCUGAAAGCCGGGACUAAGAACUUGACGGGUUGUUCUCACCGUUCAGUACUGUUCUCCUUCAAUGCGACAGAAGCGUUGACCCAGGAUGCCGGAAAUAAUACCUCAUUGUCCAGUCUCGGAUGGCCGAGUUCCAUCACCGACGAUCUACGCGCAUUCGGCGCUACUAGUAAAAGUAUGGGGGCUUUCUACUGUAUUGGGAUUGGACUAGCGGGUCUGGUGGUCUUAAUGAGGCUGUGGUUCGUGUUGAUUAGAGGACCGCGACAGACGGUGGUAGAAGUUUCUUCUUUGAUGCUCAGUUUCAUGAUGUUCAGUAUCCCGUCUAUUAUUGCAACAGUCAUUGCGUUACAAUUUGUUAGUCUCAUCAAUCGACACGGAAAGGAAUCCGGUGUGACGGCCGGGUAUGGACAGCAAUUCUUAGGCAUGACAUGGGCAGCUGUCGGGUUGUUGUUAGUCGGAGGUAUCGUCAGUUUACUUACGGUAUUGGUUGACCGUGGCCGAUCGGAAGACGCGGUGUGCGACCCGAUGGCAGAACCGAAGAUGGUGGCCGAUGAUUCGGACUCGGUAGAAUCGAAACCCUAGGGGAAGGAGCUUAGAAGGGCACGGAAGGGAGAGGAAUAUCGGGACG